AACAGCAACUACACACCAGUUAAAGCACAAACCUGCAGCGCCCUCAUGUUUUUCAUCCCAACUUGCUGUAGAUGAAUUGUGCUGCUUUUUGAGUUAGACAUGGGGCUCAAGCUUGUUUUGAAGGUUUCCUGCAUUUGUUUCCUGCUUUUCAGCAGUGGAUCUUGUUUCCCUCAAACAAUGAAAGGGCAAACUAGUCCAGCUGUAACUGCCAGUGCUAGAAGUGCUGGCACUAACCCUGGACAUGAUGGCUCUACUGGCGGAGAGGCUGGUUCUGGCUCUGGAUCUAGUGGUUCUACUGGAGAAGAACUCGAUUCUGGCCCUGAACACAAUGGUUCUGCUGGAGGGGAAGUUAGCUGUUGCAGCUCUGCAGGAAGCUGGUCCUUUGGCUCUGGAGGCUCCAAUGGAGGUGGAGUUGAUCCUGGAUCUGCUGGCUCCACUGCCGGAGGGGUUGGCCCUAGCAACUCUGCAGGAAGUUGGUCCAUCAGCCCUGGGAGCUCCACUGGGGGAGGGGUUGGCCCUAGCAACUCUGCAGGAAGUUGGUCCAUCAGCCCUGGGAGCUCCACUGGGGGAGGGGUUGGCCCUGGCAGUUCUCCAGGGAGUUGGUCUUUUAGCCCUGGGAGCUCCACUGGGGUAGCAGUUGGCCCAGGAAGCUGGUCCUUCGGCCUUGGGAGCUCCAGUGGAGGAUGGGUUGGCCCUGGGAGCUCCAGUGGAGGAUGGGUUGGCCCUAGAAGCUCUCCAGGGAGUUGGUCCCUUAGCCCUGGGAGCACCAGUGGAGGAGGGAUUAGCAGCUCUGCAGGACAUUGGUCUUUUAGCCCUGGGAGCUCCACUGGGGUAGCAGUUGGCCCAGGAGGCUGGUCCUUUGGCCUUGGGAGCUCCAGUGGAGGAUGGGUUGGCCCUAGAAGCUCUCCAGGAGGCUGGUCUUUUGCUCCUGUUGGCCCCAUUGGAGAGGUUCGCCCAACGUGGUCUAAUGGUUAUUCAUUCCUUGGUGGUGUUCCUUAUCAAAAUUAUCCUGUAUUAAGUUCUUCUUUCCUUAACCACCCAUGGAACUGGAUGCCACUACGUCCCUUCCCUGACUUCAAUGCCUGGUCUACUUAUGAGGUGCCACUAGGUAUGGUUGCGCUGCUCCCUCAGGUACCUUCAUUUCCUUCGUCCCAUCUUGUCCAGACUGGAACUGGCUACCAGCGAGGAAGAGAAGUACUUUCUCACUCCAAAUAUUCUAAUAAUAUCUUGGGCCACCAUCCUCUGAGUCCUGUACUGCCACAGUACCCAAGACGUGCGAGUGGAUUUCAAGGGAUAAAAGUCUAAUGAGGUGAAACUGAAGAGCAUGUAUCUGCUUUCAAGAAGCCUUUUGGAUAUGGAAUAAAGACUUUAAUAAAGCUGA